CCUGAGGUUUGUCGGUCUCCUCAAUAUAGAAGGUGCCCGUGCAACAAAACACUUUUCUGUGCAUCUGCAUUUGCACUGGUCGAGGAAGGGGAGCCCAGCUGUGUUAAUGCCUAGACUGCUUGAAUAACAGAUUAAUCAGCCACUCGAUGGGGAUUACCAGUGGAGCAGCUGUUUGUGUCACCUUCCCACCACUGUGUAGCAAGCGAAACAACUUCAGCAACUCUUCAUUAAUAAUUAUGAAACUGGUAUUAACUGAGUGGCAAUUAUGGAUUUUUAACUCUAGUUCACAGUAAGUGGAAAAAACCCAAGCCAGCAAGCCAUAUGUCGAAUUUCCUACCAAAUAGCAUUUUUUCUUUUGCUCCUCUCUGAAUGUUUCAACGUCUACGCGACGAAUUGAUGACGCAACCUGUUCGCCACAAGGGAGGGAAUUACAAAUAUCGCUUGCACGAGGAACGCGACGCUGUUGGGAAGAGAAGACACCGUAACUUAUCGUUAGAGAUGAUAGCGUUAUUUAUAUAGGUAUAAUAAAUGAAUAUAUAAAUAUAUAUAUAGAUAUAUAUUUUUUGUGGUAAUGAAAAUGGCUCCGCAGAAUGCUGACUCAGAAUCUAUGCAAGUUCAAGAGCUACCUGUGGUACAGCUCCAGAAGCCGGAAAAUGAGAUCGAGAGUAAAGAAGAGACCAUCAGCGAAGGAUCCAUAGACCGGAUACCCGUACGCCUCUGGGUGAUGCACGGUGCCGUAAUGUUUGGCAGGGAAUUUUGUUACGCCAUGGAGACAGCUUUGGUGACUCCAGUAUUGUUACAAAUUGGUCUUCCUGAGCAGUACUACAGCCUCACAUGGUUCCUCAGUCCGAUCCUGGGCCUGAUCUUCACUCCUCUGAUAGGUUCCGCCAGCGACCGCUGCACCCUCAGCUGGGGCCGCCGGCGGCCUUUCAUCCUCGCCCUCUGCAUCGGCACCCUCAUCGGCGUCGCCCUUUUCUUGAACGGCUCCGCUAUAGGUCUGGCCAUUGGAGACGUACCGAACAAACAGCCAAUCGGCAUAGUCCUCACCGUGCUGGGGGUGGUGGUCUUAGACUUCUGCGCCGACGCGACGGAGGGACCGAUCCGAGCCUAUUUGCUCGAUGUGGUGGACAGCGAAGAGCAGGACAUGGCGCUCAAUAUCCACGCUUUCUCAGCUGGUCUCGGAGGAGCCAUUGGCUACAUGUUGGGGGGCCUAGAUUGGACGCAGACCUUCUUAGGAAAACUCUUCAAGUCUCAAGAGCAAGUGCUCUUCUUUUUUGCUGCCAUUAUUUUCUCCGUCUCAGUUGUCCUCCACCUCUUCAGCAUCGAAGAGGAGCAGUACAACCCUCAGCAGGACAGGAUCGACGACGAGGCGGACACCCUUUCCAGCGUCAAACUGAGCGGCAGCCUCCCGCCUCUGAAUCGACUGAACGUCAUCAGCGAGGAGGACCCGUACGGGAACUCCAUGUUUCCGGAUGAAGUCCAGUCGGAACAAGACCUCAACAUGGAGUUCCUCGAGGUGGACAUCGUGCGGAGCAAGAGCGAUUCCGUCCUGCACAUGCCCGACGCCACUCUGGAAAUCGAAUCCGAGCUGCUUUUCCUCCACGAUAUCGAGCCCUCCAUCUUCCAGGACGCCUCUUACCCGAACACCCCCCACAGCACCAGCCAGGAACUGAUGAAGUCUAAAUUCAACCGCCUGUCUGCUUUCCUCAGGGAAAACGAAAAGGAAGAGGAGAUGUUACUUGAUAAUCACUUGAACGAAGCCAAAGCCCCCAACAGCAACGGUUCCCUCCCGAAAGACCUCCUGAAUGGACACGCUCAGAUCGGCAUGAAGCAGUCGAGCACUUCAAACUCCAUGCGCCGGCGAAGGCACAUGUUCUACCGCCAGCCCUCCUACACCUUCUCCUACUACGGGAAAAUCGGCACCCACCGCUACCGCUUCCGGCGAGCCAACGCCAUCGUCUUGAUCAAGUCCUCCCGGAGCAUGAACGACAUCUACGACAUGCAGAAGAGGCAGCGGCAGCGGUACCGACACCGGAACCAGAGUGGCGCCACCAACUCCAGCGGGGACACGGAGAGCGAAGAAGGGGAGACGGAAACCACCGUCCAGCUCCUGUGGCUGUCCAUGCUGAAGAUGCCCAAGGAACUGCUGCGGCUUUGCCUCUGCCACCUCCUCACCUGGUUUUCCAUCAUAGCCGAGGCUGUGUUCUAUACUGACUUCAUGGGGCAGGUCAUCUUUAACGGUGACCCCAAGGCUCCUUCCAAUUCUACCGAGCUGCAUGACUACAAUGCCGGUGUUCAGAUGGGCUGUUGGGGAUUGGUCAUCUAUGCUACUACCGCUGCUGUGUGUUCAGCCUUAUUACAGAAAUACCUGGACAACUACGACCUGAGCAUCAGGGUGAUCUACAUCUUGGGCACGCUGGGAUUCUCCAUCGGCACAGCUGUGAUGGCCAUCUUCCCCAACGUGUACGUGGCCAUGAUCAUGAUCAGCACGAUGGGCAUCGUCUCCAUGAGCAUCUCGUACUGCCCUUACGCACUUUUGGGACAAUAUCACGACAUCAAGCAGUAUAUUCACCACAGCCCCGGCAACUCAAAGCGAGGCUUUGGCAUAGACUGUGCCAUCUUGUCCUGCCAGGUCUACAUCUCCCAGAUCCUGGUGGCCUCUGCUCUCGGAGGGGUGGUGGAUCUCGUGGGCACAGUCCAGGUCAUACCCUUGGUGGCCUCAGUGGGCUCAUUCCUGGGUUUCCUGACAGCCACUUUCCUGGUGAUCUAUCCCGAUGUCGGCGAAAGUCCAAAGGAAGAGCAGAAAGGCCUGGCCCCUCCUGAGGCGACCACCAGCAAUGGUGUGAACGAGGAGAAACCGACCACGAUCAAGUUGUCUUGGAAAGAAGCGGCUCCGUCGGAAGUGGAGAGUGAAUCGACCGUUUGAGCGAAAAUUACCUUCAUUCGCACACAUUCCAAGCCAUUCAGGUGCAUGAACCCAAACAUUGUUACAAGCGAAAUCUGAACAUUCGAGAGACGUCCCUUGCUGCCUUUUGUGCUGCAGUGGGUAGAUGGUUCCUCAAGCAAUGUGUAGAUGAAAUCCCAUAGUUCUAGUAUAGCCUUGAAUGCAGAUCGCUUUAUCUACAAUCCAGAGGAUCUCCUCUCCUCGUGGUCUUUCUAACGAGCAGUCGUGCACCUGGGUUUCAAAGAUAACUUUAACCAAUUGGCAGGUUAAACUACCUUCUUGCGUGUUUUAUUAUAUAUUUUAAACGUCAUGGUAGUUUUUUGAAAAUGCUCAGUUAUCCACUUGGACAAAUUACAAUAUGUGUUUCGGUGAUCUUUUUUUCCCCUUUUUUUUAAAGAUGAAAAUUGAAAACGAAAGCAAUUGCUGCAGCUUCUAUGCAGGGAUUCCUCCGUUUCCAUCCAGCUCUUUCACUCCCCUUCAAAACUUGCACGUUUUAAUAGGGAAAUCAGUUGUUUUGAUCAAACGGUGUAUUUUAGCAAUGUGAUAUUGGCUUGAAAGAUGCAGUUCUUUUUAGUUGUUUUCUUCCCGUUAAACCUCAGUCUGGAUUUCAUUACAUUCAGUGCAGUUGUUUACUUCUCAGACUCCUUUUCAACAGAUUGCUGCGGCUGCCGAGCAAACUGCUAUCAAAUUGUCAUUGACGUUAUUUUGAUCUGAGAUUUUUUUCAAGAACAUCUGUCUCCAGCAGCUGCCACUCGCUCGUUUCUGAGGUGUAUGAUCCAUUUGUCUUAGAGAUGGGGGAGGUUUUGGCGGUGACAAGGGGUUUUAGCAUGCCUUGGGUGGCGGGUGGUCUCCUGGAACCUGCUGUGUCCCUUUUGACCAAUGAGCUGGUCAGAUUUAAUUCUUUGUUUCUUAUUGUGGCAUUUAAAGCCAACGAUCUCCUUCGUGAUGGAGCUGCAUUGGGAACAGGGGUCCCUGUUCAGCAGCACUUACAAAUGGGUCAGGAGGAUUCCCUUUGGCUUAGAAGGGGUCGUGGAUUGCACUUUGUUAAACUUCCAGGCUGGAAAUGGUGAGGGCGGAGUUUCAAAAGGUAGCUUUGCUACAGCGAGCGAAAACCAAAGGCCUACCUCUGACGCUGCAGCCUCAAGUAGUCGUAGUUAUGAGUUCUUUUUUUUCUUUUCUUCAUGUGUCUUGAAACAGCUUUGGGCCUUAAAGAAUCCAACAUCUUAAAAUGCUGUACUUUUCCUUGGGGGUUGUAUGUCUUGCUGAACGAUUCCCCUCACUUUCUUUUUGACCCCUUUCCUUGCCUCCGCCCACCACACGCUGCUUUAAUUUAAUACUCGUUUCAGGACGAGAGCAGUAACGUGCAUGAGAGAGUACUGCUUGAAUCCCCAUUUGGACUCUUUGGCCAGGCUGGGACUGUAGGUAGGCCGGACUCGGAUAGGACACCUGGUACACAGUGGGGCCUAGCCGCCUAUUGACAAAUGUCCUUAGGAGUAGUCGCCUCAAGGGGUUUUUUCUCCAUCUGAGCAGCAGCUAGUCCUUGGACAUUCCUUGACAGCUGCCAAGCAGGUAAGCCAGAGGUUUGCAAGCUGAACACGGCGAAUCGAGGCCACCCCAGUGAUACUUUCUGCUGUCCCGAGCUCAUUUAAAAAUGCAUGUUGUGAGCCAUGCUGCCAGUAAUCGUCACUCGAAAGCAAAUAUCUAUCUAUAUACAUUUAUAUAUUUCAGAAUGAAAAGCAGUUUUUAAUAAAUUACUUGAAUUGCCAGUGUAUUUUUUAAAAAGGUAUAGUCUGUACGAAUGACACGGCUCAAGUGAUAAUCAUCUGGCCGGCAUCCUCGCAUAGUCUGACAGCAUCUUCCACUUGUUCCUUGGCUGUGGGUUCCAGUUCCUUAUUAUUUUUCUCCCUUUUUUUGACCCUCGAUUGUGAGUGAAUAGGCUCUUCGUAGGCCAGCGGAACUUCAUACAAGUUCUUUUUUACUCGGGGUUUUUACAGAACUGCUUUUUCAACAUUUGAGGGAAAGACUCGAGUUUCACUUUUCCCUCAAAAGAAUGGCAGGGUGGAUCCCAGGGAUCUGUUCUGGUAACGGUGGCUCAUUCCCCCAGUGCCAGGGUGGCCUCCUCUUCUAACGAGAAGUCCUCGCGCAUCAGCAGAACAUAUGAUAUUCUGAGGGAAUGCCCCACCAGUCGCGGAACAGACCCACGGGAUCCGACCCAUUAUUGUGGAGCGUUUGAUUUGAACUCUGUUUCUCAAUGAGAGGUAAGAUACUACUGAACGAAUCCUGUUAUUAAGUGGGCGAGGCUUGAUUGUCGCCGCCUCUUGUUAGGAUUUAAUAGCGUUUCCCACGCUGAAUCACAAGGCAUCCCUUGUUUCACCACAGAGCUGGCGUUUUCCCCAAAAGGUCACUCAACGCCUCUUUUAAAUGGACGAUAUUCCCGAGUGUAAUACCGUAACUUGUUCUGAAAAGUCCCCAAUCGUAGCUCUCGAUGUCUUACAGGAAGUUUCCGUAUCUGCCCUGAUUUGGGGGGGGGGGCGCAUCUCCUUUUGGAAAUAGCAGCCUGACUUGUCCUGUAGCUGUAGCUGUAGCGUAACUGAAGGACAAGGGUCCUCACUUUGUGGAGUUGAGAGAACUGCGCGCUUCCCUCAUGGGCUGGGAAAUACAGCUGUCAGGACUUAGCCAGACGAAUAGACAUCCGCAAUUCAGAUUCAGUCCUGGCUGAAAUGAUGCUUAAGAGCACACUCUUGUGGGGAUUUGCACGUACCCAGCAUCUCAUUCAAGACUACACAUGCAGUUGAUCGGCACACGUAGCCUCCCAGUUUUACUGUUCAGCAAGUGCAAAGCCCCACCUGUGAGUGUUUUCUUCCCCAGAAUCACAUUUCAAUUGAGUGUGCUUAACCAGCCUAGUUGCAGCCUGACUUGUCCUGCUCCUUGUUGGAUGAUCCCUUAAGCCAGUUGAAAGCCCAGCAAGCCUGCCUUGAGUUCCCACCUCUUUCUUAUUUUGACCUUAGGAGGGCAAUGUUGUUACUGCCCAGGGGACUUGACUCUUGGUAGGCUGAUAAGAAUUUGUCAGAAUCGGGCUCCGGACCUUCCAUGGGGUCCUAUAACCUUCUGAACAUUUCAGUAGUUGCCGAAACACCGUCUUGGUUUGACCGCCGGUCUGUGAAACGCGCCAUCUUUUGGAAGCCCCCCGUUUCUCUUCCUUGCUAAAAGAAUACUACCCAGAUUUUGCUUGUAUCUCAGAUUCCGGAGAAGAGACACAAUCUAGAGAGAGGCGUAAAAGCCUCGUUGGUACAUUGUUAGCGUUGCCCUCUCGGCUGUUCCAUCACCAAAUUCUUCAUAGAAUUUCUCUUCCUGAAUCUGACACGACGUUUUAGGAGUACCAGAAUGUCUCUCCCGUCACACCUGUAUCUUCAAAGAGAGAGAUGCGCAAUCUUUCGUCUGAGUAACAUCAACACUGGCGAUCAGCAGUGCUCAAAAGAGUUGUGUGAGGUUGAUAGUUUUAUGCAUCCUCUACUCUUUGCAAGUCGUGUCCUUAAAAUAUCAUUUGAGAUCUCUCCUGCUGGGUGUUUUCAAAUGGAGAUACUCAAGCUUUAGCUGUAGCGUAACUGAAGGACAAGGGUCCUCACUUUGUGGAGUUGAGAGAACUGCGCGCUUCCCUCAUGGGCUGGGAAAUACAGCUGUCAGGACUUAGCCAGACGAAUAGACAUCCGCAAUUCAGAUUCAGUCCUGGCUGAAAUGAUGCUUAAGAGCACACUCUUGUGGGGAUUUGCACGUACCCAGCAUCUCAUUCAAGACUACACUUGCAACACAACUGUGCCUGCCGGGCAGUUGAUCGGCACACGUGACCCCCCAGUUUUACUGUUCAGCAAGUGCAAAGCCCCACCUGUGAGUGUUUUCUUCCCCAGAAUCACAUUUCAAUUGAGUGUGCUUAACCAGCCUAGUUGCAUUAGCGUCCUCUCCCAAGGAAUUCUGGGAUCCGUAGUUCUGAAUUGAGCUAGGAUUCUUAUAAAGAGCCCCUAGGGCUCUGGCAAAUUUACAACUUCCGGGGUUCCCUGGCAGUUGAGCUGCUUGAACCAGAUAUGCACUUAGCUACUUGAGUUCUCCUUUUACAGAAGAUACUGUGACUGAUUUUUAAAAUGGAAGGGGAGAGGGGGUCCCUCUUUAAUACAGCCUAUCUUUACCUUCAGCCACCUCUUUGGCAUUAGGCUUGACUUCUCGUGUGGGACGUGCUGAAUCCUUCUC